UGAGUUUAUGUAGCUUUAUAUUUUUCCCAGCUAACCUCACAUUUAACGCAGAUCCUUUUAUAUGCAGGAAGCAGUGGGAUUUAAACAGAUCAUAGAAGAAAGAAAGUGCAGGUGUUUCCAUUCGUUCCUGGAUUCCUCCCUUGAAACUGAUAUUACCUAUUUUAUAGGUAGUACAAAUGACUCUGCGGAGACUGAACUUCUCUGGCUUGAAUUUGGUGACGAAGAGGGCAUCUUAAAUAGCAUUCCUUCUUGGAUUCCUCUCCAAAAGUUGCGCUAUUUAGCUGUUUCGAACGUGGAAGAAUUGUGGAGCACUUUUCAGCAACAGAUGCAGACCAAUAAGCAGGCUAGUUUCGAGUUGAGAAUACUGGUAAUUUCAGGAUCUCCCUGGUUGCAAAAUAUUCCAGAUUUAAUAGAAAAGUUCAAUCAUUUGGAAGAAUUACAUAUAGUAGAUUCCUUGGAGAAGACUGAUAUAACUUCCCUCCUACAGUCACUUCAACAACUCAGUAAUCUUAGAUUAUUAGAGCUGUAUGGGUGUGACAUCUGUUCAAGUGUGGUUUUGAAUUUGAGCAAUGAUAGUGAUUCAAAUAAUUUUGAGGCUUCUACAAACAGCUGCAUUAGUAGCCUUGAAACCAUAGAACUUAGCAAUCUUUGUAAUGUAUCCAAGUUGGUAAUUAGUGGAGAUAUGUGUCCCAGACUUCGAUCAUUGAAAGUAACUUGGAUGAAAAAUCUCAAAGAAAUGAACUUAAGGCAGCUAGAGAGGCUUAAUACUCUUCAUUUGUGGCAAUGUCCCGAAUUGGAAGUAGUAUCAGGGCUUCAAGGCAGCUGUAAACGGACGAAAUCGUUGAAAAGCCUCCAACGUCAAGACUGUCUGGAGCAUAUCGAUAUUGGUCAAUGUCAUCAGCUGGAGAGAAUAGAAGGUCUCGAAGAAGUCAGAGGAUUGAAAAGUUUGUUCAUUCAAGUGCCUCAAUAUGGAGAUCCAAGUGUGUGGAAUCUCUCUGGCCGACUGAGGGUAGGACUUACUUUCUCCCAAUGCAAUAUUGUGAAAGUGAAUUCUGUGAGCCUCCCAUCAGAGUACGCCUUUUUAAUAGGGAAGGCAGUAGCUAAAGCGAAAUGGAAUUUGAAUGUAAGCUUGUUUUCUGAAGUAAUCGACGCCCAAACAGUUGCUGAGGUAAAGAGAGGAGAGUAUGUGGUGGAAAUGACAAGCUCAACGAGUGCAAUCACUAUAUAUGUUUUGCUUAUAACGUCAUCGAACUUUACUAGACUCAAGCAUAAAAGUACCACUCAUUUUUUUCUAAAUAUUGGAGAUUGCAUGGUUACUGGUUUACUCACGGCGCAUGAUAGUAUUGUCACCCUAAAUGAUGCCAAUAUAAAGAAGGGGUUUAUGGUCACCUUCAAUAAAAUUGAAGGAGGGAAAGCCAUAAAUGCAUUGCAAAUAAUUUUUGACAGAUUAUUCAGAGAUAGUAUGGUACCAAAGUUGGCCGCUUAUGAUGUGGUAAAGCGUAAGCGAAAGUGA